UUUUUUGGGGUGGGGUGGGGUGGAAGAUCGGGAUCUGGGGGGCCGGGGAGUUGACACGUCAUCUUUUGGGAUGCCACGUCACUAGGCGGGGGGCCUGGAUUGGAUUGUGUACGAUGGACAUUGAAAGACGACAGGUGAGAACAACGAACGCUGCGAUCAGAAAGGGGAAGCGGUUCUUCGUUUGCGGACGGGAUUUUGGCGAUGCAGACUGUGUGUGUGACGGGAGCUUCGGGAUACAUUGCUUCCUGGAUUGUCAAGUUCUUGCUGUUGCGUGGGUACAAUGUGAAGGCAUCGGUUCGCGAUCUCAAUGAUCCAAAGAAAACACAGCACUUACUUGAACUUGAUGGAGCCAAGGAGAGGCUUCACUUGAUCAAAGCAACUUUACUGGAAGAAGGCUCCUUCGACGCCCUGGUCGAUGGUUGUGUCGGUGUUUUUCAUACUGCUUCCCCUUUCUACAGUUCAGUCACAAAUCCUCAGGGGGAAUUGAUUGAUCCUGCCUUAAAGGGGACUCUCAAUGUUCUUAGGUCGUGCGCGAAAACGCCCUCGGUUAAAAGGGUAGUGUUGACAUCUUCCAUGGCUGCAGUUUACUUCAAUGGCAAACCUCGAACGCCGGAUGUGGUAGUUGAUGAGACUUGGUGGUCAGAUCCCAACUACUGCAAACAGAUGCAGCUAUGGUACAUUCUUUCGAAGAUGUUGGCAGAGGAUGCAGCCUGGCAGUUUGUGAAAGAAAAGGGCAUAGACAUGAUCAGCAUCAACCCGGCAAUGGUGAUCGGACCAUUACUGCAGCCAACUCUCAACACAAGUUCCGCAGCAAUCUUGAGCUUGAUAAACGGUGCAGAGACGUACCCAAACACAAUGGUAGGAUGGAUAAACGUAAAGGACGUGGCGAAUGCACAUAUCCUAGCAUUCGAAAAUCCUUCGGCUAACGGGAGAUAUUGCUUGCUGGAGAGAGUGUCGCAUUACUCGGAAGUGGUGAGCAUAUUGCGGGAUCUCUACCCCACGCUUGAGCUCCCUUCCAGGUGUGCAAAUGAUGAGGCGUAUGAGGCGAAAUUCAAGGUGUCGAGAGAGAAGGCAGAGAGGUUGGGAGUUGAGUUCAGUCCUUUGGAAGAAGGUAUCAGGGAGACUGUCGAGAGCCUUAAGGACAAGAAAUUCUUCAAAUCCACCAAGUAAGUCUGCUCUGCUGUUGUAUAAUGUCACCAAU